UGUUAGUAAACAGUGCAAUUUUUUCAUUUUACCUACUCAUAUCUUUUUCGCCGCUGCACCAAUACUAUUUAUUUUACCAAUUCUUUAUUAAAAUAUCAUUUUUUUUCUCAGCCAAAUCUUGAAAUCCAAAAACCCACAAAUCUCUCUCUCUCUCUAAAACCACCGAAAAACCCACAAAUCAAGUCCAAAAAUUGAACCCACCGAUCAAGAAUCAUCCCCAACUUCUUCUCUCUAUCCAUUAACUAUUUAGUAAAUAAUACAUUUACAGUAUAUAUUUCAAUAUACGUUCAUAUAUACUGUAUCUAUAUAUACUGAGCAGGGUGAGAUCGAGGUCUCCGGACCUUGCAAUUGAUCGACGACAUCACCGGAUCUCCAUUGAAGAUUGAUUCUGGCGAACAGUAGGGAGAGAAACCCAAACCUUUCUUCGUUGAAGACCUCCGUCGAGAUCGAUUCUAACUUCGCCGGACCUCCGGUGCAGUCAAUUGAUUCCAAAUCCAAGUCUUUUUAGUCUUUCUUCGUUGGAGAGAGAGACGAGGAGGAGAGAAACUAAUUGUUUAAUGGAUUGCUCAUGAACAGUUGUUCAGCAGAUGAAGCGAACAACUAUAGUUGGAGGGAUUCUACCGGGUGGUUUACAUGUGCUGCUGCAGGUGAAAAUUUCUCUCUUUGGUUAGCUAGAAUAGCUUUUUCGGUUGUUUCCCUCAGCUGGGAAACUUGCUCUAAGUACAUACAUUUUGCACCUAUUCCUCACUCACAUACUAAUCUCCACAAGGGGUUCUCUCACUAUUCUAUACACACUCGAGCUGGACAUUUGAAGUUAUUGAUACCACGAUGUUGGGGAGCAAGCUGGUGCCUUGCAGCUGAUGUACGAGCAAGUGCAUCUUUUGUCGCCUCUUGUGUCACCUUGAGAGAAUUCUACUACCUUCGAUAUUGCAUAGACGUUGAGCCAGGCAUGUGGGUGAUGGUUGAUGUGUCGUAUGAUCAAACAAGAGAGGACUCUCAUGACUCUACACUUCGAUCAUGGCGGUGUCCUUCUGGUUGUGGUCCAAGAUAUGUCUCUGUGGUUAGUGGCACUAUAAUCACUUGCCUUCCGGUAUAAAUGAAGGCUACUUCAAAUGAUUUCCAAAUUUCUACCAACCCAUUGUCUCGGUCCUUCUUAGGUAGCUUUUAUAUUACUUUGUUUGGUUCUCAGUAGCUUGAACUUUUUUGGGACUAAACAUCUAGGUUCAACUCUCAUAUUAUGCAAAACUUUUCCUAAUCUACAGGAUGAUGUGCAAUAGUCGGGCUUUGAUAUGGCGUUGAAAUUUGAGCACUUUGUUCUGCGUAGACGUCAUGGGAGUAUUAUUAGAUAGCUCGAUAUAUUUUCAUUCUUGGACUUAUUUCCUACUUUUUGAGCACUUUGUUUUUUUCUUUAUUCUUUCCGCCUAAUCCGGAAAGAAUUUAAACUCAUAUUUUACAUACUAUAAGAGCUGUGAUGGAUUCAUGAUUUUGGGUUUACUUUUUGUUCAAUUAGCCAUCCCUCUCCAUACAUGCGAACGUAUUUUGCGAUUGGAGAGGAAUCUGGGUAGUCUUCGUCACCGUCUCUGUUUGCACGUAGAAUCUGUACAUGUUCUACUACUAAUUAAUUAGUGGAUUUUUGUUAGUUCUUCAACCUAUGUUUGCCCAUUUUAACAUCAUAUUAACCUCAAUCCGGGUAUUUUUUUGAGGUAUUAGC